AUGAAUCUCACCACUGGUGAAACUUCUCUACUAUACAACGGUUCCGAUAUCUCGGAGAUUGUCUGGGUUGGGCAGUCCGACACGAGCAUUCUCUACAUUAACGGCACCAACGAAGAAGACAAUGGCGGCAUCAGCCUGUAUGCUGGUGAUAUCAACGCCAUCGAUGAAGCGUAUCUAAUCGCAUCACUUCCAGCGCCCUAUUCUGGGCUCAAGGCGGUGGUAACCCCUUCCGGAAACAUCAACUUCCUCUUGAGUUGCCUGGCAUGGCCAAAUGGGACAGCUUACAACGAGGAGCUGGCCGAAGAGCCCCUGAGUUCAGCAAGAAUCUACACGAGCAUCUAUGUCCGCCAUUGGGACACUUGGCUCACUGAAAGGAGAAACGCCGUGUUCGCUGGCACGCUGACUGGGGGCGAUAGGUAUUCUCUGGGCGGAAGCCUGAAGAACCUUGUGACCGGCCUUGCCAAUGUUACUCGGGCUGAAAGUCCCGUCCAGCCUUUUGGUGAUUCCGGCGACUACGAUAUCACGCCGGACGGAUCCACGGUCGCUUUCUUGACGAAGAACAUUGAUUUGCCGUUGUCAAACUAUACAUCCUCUCAGAUCUAUCUUGUUCCUCACAAUGGUUCAUCUGUGCCCGUACCGAUCAAUGCCUUUUCUGGAAGUUCGACACCUCCAAACGCCAAAGGGGCUUCAGCGAGGCCGCUGUUUUCUCCCGAUGGCACCAAGAUCGCAUAUUUCCAGAUGGACGGGAUCUCCUAUGAAUCCGACAAGAACAAGAUCUACGUCGCCAAUGUCAAUACCAGUCAUUUCAAUAUCACCAGCCUAGCAGAGGACUGGGAUAGCACUCCCGAUCAACUGAGAUGGUCUGCCGAUGGCACUUCCCUUUUUGUCGCAGCACCUGAUCUGGGUAACGAACCUUUGUUCCAGGUUCCGCUUACGGCUGGACCAGGGUUUAAGCCCACAAAUAUCACCAAUGCCGGUGUCGUUGCUUCGUUUUAUGUGUUGCCGAACGGUAACCUUUUGGUGUCAGACUCCAAGAUAUGGUCUUCCCGUGACUUCUACAUCAUUGGUCCCAGGGGCAGGCUUGUUACCGAUCUCUUCCGGUCAAACCAGGUCGACCCCGAACUCGCGGGCCUGGGGCCGACGGACGUCUCGGAGUUCUACACCCUGGGCAGCUUCACCCGGGUACAGAGCUGGGUUAUCUACCCGGAAGGGUUUAAUCGGAGCAGGAAAUACCCCUUGGCAUUCAUUGUCCAUGGCGGUCCACAAGGUGGGCACUACAACUCUUGGAGCACCAGAUGGAAUUUCAAGGUGUGGGCGGACCAAGGCUAUGUGGUCGUGGCGCCGAAUCCGACCGGAAGCACUGGCUGGGGAAUGGCUUUGCAGGAUGCAAUCCAAGGAAAUUGGGGCAGUCUCCCGUAUGAGGACCUCGUUGCUGUGUGGGAGCACGUCAACAGCACAUUUGAAUAUAUCGACACCCAGAAUGGAAUCGAAGCCGGGGCGUCGUACGGCGGCUACAUGACAAACUGGAUCCAAGGUCAUGAGCUUGGCAGGAGAUUCAAAGCCCUCGUUACGCAUGACGGGAUGGUCAAUACGGUCGCUUCCUACUCGACUGAAGAGCUGUGGUUUAUGCAACAUGAUAUGAAUGGCACUCUGUGGGCCAACCGAAAUGAAUAUGAUGAGUGGAAUCCCAUCAACCACGUCGACAAGUGGGCGACGCCACAUUUUGUGGUGCACAAUGAGCUGGACUACCGACUGCCCAUCGCCGAAGGGAUCACGCUCUUCAACCUGUUGCAGGAGAGGGGCGUUCCGAGCAAGUUUCUGAGCUUCCCUGAUGAGAAUCAUUGGGUCCUCAACCGAGAGAACAGCCUCGUUUGGCACCGGGAGAUUUUCGCGUGGAUUAACCACUACUCCGGCAUCAAAGAAGUGAUGCCCUCGGACCAAAAGCCACCGUCGGCCCAAGCCAUAUCCCCUUCCUCCCACGACAGCACAUCACCCGCGAGCAGUGACACUACCAUCGUUGACGAGGAGAAGAAUGAGACGGCUGAAGAAAUCGCCCGGUCCCGAACGGACUCGGAAUCGGAGGAGGAGAACCAGAAAGCCCUGAACGCAGCCUGGGGAAAACAUGGGAGAACGUGGAUGUGGAUUGGUGAACUCGACUACACGACCAUCUACAACUACCAGAACUACGCGGCGUCGGACUUUGGCGAGAUCGCGCUCCUCGGGGCGCUGAUGACGGUGGGCACCAUCGUGGCGGCGGUGCUCAAGCCGCCGCUGGCAAAGAUCUCGGACGUGGUCGGGCGGGCCGAGACGUACGGGGCCGUCAUCGCGUGCUACGUCGUGUCGUACAUCCUGUGCGCGUCGGCGCGCUCCUUCGGCCAGUACAUCGGGGGGUACAUUGUCUACAGCGUCGGGCAGACGGGGAUGCAGAUCCUCAACCAGAUCAUCGUGGCGGACAUCACGUCGUCGCGGUGGCGCGGCCUGGCCAACGCCCUGGUCAGCCUGCCCUUUAUGAUCGUGCCGUGGUGCUCGGCCUUCAUCGUCGACGGCGCCCUCGCCACCAUCGGCUGGCGCUGGGGCAUUGGCAUGUUCGCCAUCAUCAUGCCCGUGUGCUCGCUCAGCGUCAUCGUGCCGCUGCUCGGGUUCCAGCGCCGGCUGGAGCGGGUGCGCGGCGGCGCCGCAAGAGUGCACACAAAGACCACCAUCCGCGGGUUCGCCGCGCAGAUCGACCUGGGCGGGAUGCUCCUCCUCAGCGGCGGGUGCGCCAUGAUCUUGCUCCCCGUGGCGCUGGCCGGCAACGCCAACGGCAGCUGGCGCGCGCCGUGGGUGCCGACGCUGAUCGUCCUGGGCGUGCUGUGCCUGGUCGGGUUGGGGGUGUACGAGUCGCGGUUCGCCACGAAACCGGCGAUGCCGCCGCGGCUGUUCAAGAACAUCUCGGUGACGCUGGCGUUUGCGAUCGGAUUUCUCGACGCCUUCGCCUACAGCGUCACGCACACGUACCUGUACGCGUGGGCGACGGUGGUGCACGGGCUGGACCCGCGCGACGCGACCUUCCUGACCUACACGGCCGGGUGCGUCCAGGUGCUGACGGGCCUGGGCACGGGCUUCCUCAUGUACCGGUCGCGGCGGUACAAGUGGCUCCUCCUCAUCGGCGUCGUGGUCCGGCUGAUCGGGUACGGGUUCAUGAUGCGGCUGCGCGGCGCCGACAACUCGCUCGCCGAGAUUAUCGCCAUGCAGGUCGUCCAGGGCGCGGGCAGCGGCGCCGUCGGGACCGUGGUGAUUGUCGUCGCGCAGGUCGUCGUGCCCCGGGCGGACCUCGCGCACUCGACCGCCCUCGAGCUCCUGUGCAUCUACCUGGGCAACAGCACGGGCUCCGCCAUCGCGGGGACCAUCUACACGAGCCUGUUCAAGGGCCGGCUGCGCUUCUGGAUGGAUCCCGACACGGACCCCGCGGCCAUCAACCGCGUCUACGACUCCAUCACGGCGGUCGUGCUGCCCGAGACGGGCACCGCGCAGCGCAACGCCGUCAACCACGCAUACUCGGACAUUCUGCGCUUCAUGACCAUCGCCGCGCUGGUCGCGUCCGCGGUCCCCAUGGUCAUGGUCUGGUUCCUGCCCAAUCUGCAGUUGAGCGACAAGCACAACCUGGCGGGGAGCGAGGGUGGUGUCGACUCGGGGGUUCAGGACCGCAGGGGAGACACGGGUGGUGAGACGCCGCUGCAGAAGUGGCGGCGGAGGAUACGGUGGUGA